CACUCACCUCUAUUUCCAAUAAUAUGUCAAUUCCAAAGGAGACUUUAAUUUGGAUGGCGUUCUCUUCCUAUUCAACAACGAUUGGCUGAACAAGUCGUUUGACUGUAAAAUGAUAGUCAAUGCCAUUCAGAAGGCGAAAAGGGCGGAAUCAGGAGCAUUGGAGACUGCAGAGUUAUUCAAUUUGCUGCUUGCGAAGGAACGUGAGGACAAAGAUUGGUUCGUCCGGAUUGAACUCGAUGAUGCUGGAAGGCUUCGGCGGGUUUUCUGGAUGAGUCCAUCCAAAAGGAUCCUCUACCGCCGUUAUCGGGACAUUGUGCUAAACGACAACACAUCAAAAACAAACCGUUUCAAUAUGCCUUUCAGCGCCUUUGAAGCUGUGGACACCGAUGGGAAAAGUCGUUUUGGUCGGAUGUUCCUUGGUUAGCAGAGAGACAACAGGCGACUAUGAGUGGAUUCUACAUCAGCCGUUGGAGGCGAGUGAUGGAUACCCUCCUGAUGUUAUCAUGACACCAGAAUCUCAACAGAAACCUUCACGGCGCACUGGGCGGCGAAUAGUAAACGUUAAUUUCUUCUUGGUGGACAACACGGAACGCUUUGACGGAGGAGGAGCUCGAAUAAGGCUGGUCGGAGACGAUCAUAGUAUUUG